AUGGAUAAGGCUUGGAUUCAUCAUCACACCAGGGGUAGUAAAGAGUAUCAUAAAGGCAUAAGAGACUUCAUUAAGUUUGCUAAAAGACAUACAGAUGGGCUAGGUAGGAUCAAAUGUCCGUGUCGUCGCUGUAAAAAUGGUGACUAUAUUGCAAUUGAGGAGGUUGAGACUCAUCUAUAUAAGUGUGGGAUGUACAAGGAGUAUACUAAUUGGAUAUGGCAUGGGGAGGCUAAUGUUAACACCACUGCUAAUGUUAAUGCAGAAGCUAAUGUUAAUGCCGAACAUGGGGAUCAUGCUAAUGAUGAAGGUAGAAAUGAAGACAAUGUAUUUGAUUUGUUGGAUAAUGUACGGAUGGGUAUGUUCACCAAUGUAGAACAACAAGAAGAUUCGCCUGAAGUUGAUAUAGGAGGAAGUUUUGAUAGAUUGCUAAAUGACGCACAAUGCGAAUUGUGGCCAGGUUGUAAAAAACAAUCUAAGUUGUCAGCAAUUUUGAAGUUGUUCCAUGUGAAAGUUACAAGCCGAAUGACCAACAAAUGUUUUGACAUGUUGCUUAAGGUGCUAAAGGAAUUGCUUCCCGAUGACAACACGUUGCCAAAGUCCUAUUAUGAGACUAAAACCUUGUUGCGUGAUUUAGGUCUUGGAUAUGAACCGAUCCAUGCAUGUAAAAAUGAUUGUACUUUAUUCUGGAAGGAGAAUGAAGGUAAAGAAUGUUGUCCACAAUGUGGUGAGUCGAGGUAUAAGUCUCGAGAAGGUAAAGGAAAAAAGAUUCCUCAAAAAGUUCUUCGGUACUUUCCUUUAAAACAAAGGCUUCAAUGGUUGUUUAUGCAUAGGGAUACAGCUAUAGACAUGCGUUGGCACAAGGAGAAACAUGUCAAAGAGACAAAUUUGUUGAGACAUCCAGCCGAUUCAAAAGCUUGGGAGGAAUUUGACAAUAAGAAUAGUUGGUUUGCUGCGGAUCCUCGUAAUGUUCGUCUUGGGUUAGCAUGUGAUGGAUUCAAUCCAUUUGGUAACAUGAGUAAUGCUUAUAGUGUAUGGCCUGUAAUUAUUGUGCCCUACAAUUUGCCACCUUGGAUGUGUAUGAAGGAACCAUAUAUGUUUAUGUCAUUACUUAUUCCUGGUCCUAAAUCACCUGGUAAUGACAUUGAUGUGUAUCUGCGACCGUUAAUUGAUGAGUUAAAAGAAUUAUGGAUAGAUGGUGUGAUGACAUAUGAUGCCUACAAUAAAUCAAACUUUAAGCUGCAUGCAGGGUUGAUUUGGACUAUACAUGACUUUCCCGCUUAUGCAAUGGCAUCCGGAUGGAUGACAAAGGGUUUUUUGGCGUGUCCAAAUUGUAAUAAAGACACAUGUUCUUGUUAUUUGAGUCACGGGCAGAAGAUAUGUUAUUUGGGAGCUCGUAUAUUUUUGUCGUCCAAUCAUGCUUACAGGAAGCGUUUCAAACAAUUUAAUGGCAAGAAAGAAGACAGAGAGCCACCAAAGCCGUUGACGGGUGAUGAUAUUCUGGAACAAUUUAAUCUCCUACCCGAGGUUAGAUUCGGAAAGGGACCAAACAAUAAGAAGCGGACUCGUGAGAAGAAGGAACUUAAUUGGACAAAGAAAAGUAUAUUCUUUGAAUUGCCUUAUUGGAGAACACUUUUGUUGCGACACAACUUAGAUGUUAUGCACAUAGAGAAAAACAUAUGUGAUAAUGUGUUAGGGACAUUAAUGAACAUCGAAGGAAAGACGAAGGACUCAUUCAAAAGUCGGUUGGAUUUAGAAGCAAUGGGAAUUAGAAAAGAACUUCAUCUUAGGCGUAAUGGUGAGAAAUUUGAGAUGCCACUUGCGCAUUACACAUUGUCAAAGGAUGAAAAAAGGCAAUUGUGUGAUUGGUUGAAGUUAGUGAAGUUCCCAGAUGGCUAUGCAUCAAACAUAAGUCGAUGUGUGAAUGUCAAUGAAGGUAAGAUAUCUGGAUUGAAAAGUCAUGAUUCGCAUGUACUCUUACAGCGUCUCCUCCCUCUAGCUAUACGAGGAUUGUUGCCCGAUGAUGUUUGUAAUGCGAUAACAGAGCUUGGUUUAUUUUUUAAGGAGUUGUGUUGUCGGACCCUUAAACUAGAUGUCUUAGAGGUAUUGGAAAGGGAUAUUGCUAUCAUAUUAUGCAAGUUAGAAAUGAUAUUUCCUCCAUCAUUUUUUGACAUAAUGGUGCACUUAGCUCUGCAUUUGUCACGCGAGGCCAUCAUUGCAGGACCUGCACAAUAUCGAUGGAUGUACCCUAUUGAAAGAUUUUUACGUACUCUCAAGUCUUACGUGCGUAAUAAAGCACGUCCUGAAGGGUCCAUCGCUGAAGCUUAUGUGGACAAUGAAUGCGUCACAUUUUGCUCAAGGUUUCUUCAAGGGAUUGAGACACGAUUCAAUCGAGAAGAAAGAAAUUACGAGGGCGACUAUUGCACCAAUUGGUCCACUUUUUCAGAGCUCAGUGCACACAAGGCUGAACUCGAGAAUGAAAACAAGGAUAAUGUACCAUUAAGACACGUAAAAGAAUUUUCGAGAUGGUUGGGAACACGAAUAAAGGAAGAGCGUCAUUAUCAAGAGUUAGAAAUUAGUGAUGACCUGUAUUCAUUAGCUUGUGGACCUGAUUUUCGGAUAAAUCGAUAUUCUGGUUGCAUUGUAAAUGGGGUCAGGUUUCAUACAAAGGAAAGGGAGAAAAAUCGAAAAACUCAGAAUAGUGGUGUGUUAGUCAAAACAGAGGAUGUUGAUUACUAUGGUGUCUUGACAGAUGUCAUUGAGUUACAAUAUCCUCUUAAGAGACGGGUAAUCCUAUUCAAAUGUGAUUGGUUCAACACAAGGACAGGUAUUAAGAGGGAUACUUAUUUCAAGAGUGUAAAUGUAGCCCGUAAAUGGUAUAAAGAUGAGCCUUUUGUGUUGGCAAAUCAAGCAAAACAAGCCUUUUUUGUCAAAGACACCAAAUUACGAGGCACGUGGGAGGUCAUUCAAGAUAUAACACAUAGAAGCUCAUAUGACGUUCCCGAAGUGGAGGAUAACAGUAGAGUUGAGGAUGGAAUGUAUGCUACAGCAUAUCAAGAGGAUGAACCAUGCAUUGUGGAUAAGGUUGUUGAGGCGACCAACUUUGACAUAGAUCCACCAACUUUGAAUAGGGAUGGCUUGGAGGUUGAAAGUCUUGAUGCUGAAAUAAUUAUACAAAGUAAUGAAGAAUCUCAUCAUGAAAUUGACUAUUUUGACAAUGAUGAUGAAAUCUUGAUUGAAGACAAUUCAGAUGAUGAAGAAGAAGAUGAUAGUGAUUUGGAUUAA